UUCGGUAGAGAUAAGAUAUAAGUUAUUAUAAAAAGCAUUUGGAUAUCCAAAUUGGUAGCUUUUGCUCUGUUCACCCUUGAGAAUGAAGCUUUUACUAGUUUGCGCUCUGCUGUGCGUCGGCGGUAGCUUCGCUGCAUCCGUGAAAGCAAGCUGCAAGUCGAGCGGCGUAGUGACCUGCUACUACGGAACAUGGGCUAACGGGAGGUCCGGAAAAGGCCGUUUCGGCGUGAGCGACCUGCCCACUCAUCUCUGCACGCACAUCGUCUAUUCCUUCCUCACGCUUGACGGAACCUCCGGAGGCAUUGUUGCUCCUAAAGAAAGCACUGUUGAAGGGAAAGGAAAUUCCGUGUCUGACCUCAUUGCGCUAAAGAAGAAGAAUCCCGAAUUGAAAAUCUUGGCUGCUAUUGGUGGCUGGAAUGAAGCUUCAACAAACUUUUCGGCGGUUGUCAACGACAAAACUAAGAGGGCACUUUUUGUCAAGAACUUGUACAACUACGUUGACACCAAUGGCUUCGAUGGUUUGGAUUUGGACUGGGAGUACCCUUCACAGAGAGAAGGAGUAGCCAGUGACAAAAAAAAAUUUGUCACUCUCGUCAAAGAGUUGAAGAAAGCUUUCGCUAAGAAAUCUUACCUAUUGACCGCUGCUUGUGCCGUUACCCAGUCGAACAUCGAUUUGUCCUACGAUGUCCCCGCACUUUCUAAACACCUGGACUACAUCCACCUGAUGCUGUACGACUUCCACGGCUCUUGGGAAACGACGACCGGAGUGAACGCACCUCUAUACGCACAGGAAACUGACGCUGCUACCUUAAAUUUGAAUGUUAACAACUCCGUCCACACCUGGAUCAACAACGGCGCCUCUCCAUCCAAGUUGGUGCUGGGUCUCGGAGCGUACGGAAAGACCUUCACCCUGACCAGUCUGGACAACACUUCCACAGGAGCACCCGUCACUGGAGCAGGAGUAGGUGGCCCUUAUGUCGGUGAAUCUGGAACUUACAGCUACUUGGAGGUGAGUACCAAGAUUACUAAUAUAUACUUAUAUAGUCCCUCCUCAUCGGUUUCGAUGACGGCGACCUCAGCAGAUUAUGAAUUAUUUUGUCUGUUAUGGGCUCUUUUGUGGCUGGCCAGGCCAAACUUGGCCUUAAAUACUCUUUUGCAGGCGUUACAAUAGAGUUGGCCAGACGUA